CAUGUCGGAACCAACAGCUUCUCGGCCACGGCUAUCUACCCGGACAUACAUUCAUGUGUGCAACUUCCGGUCCGCCAGCUGGUCAUCAUGCAACCUUUGCAGCGGACACAGCGUAUGUUAUUUAUGUUUUCACAACUCAGGCACGCGAGCAAAUCUGCAGGUCAAGCGAGUGUUUCCGCUAAUAUACAAAACCACGAUGGGCUGGUAAAGAUGGCUAACCCUUACAAGGCGCCAGAUAAAGGUUGUGUCCUCUGCAACGUCACCGUGGACUUCAAGAACAUUCAGCUUCUAUCUCAGUUCAUCUCACCGCACACGGGAAGGAUUUAUGGGCGACACAUGACAGGACUUUGUGGGCCAAAACAAAAAGCCAUCUCCAAAGCCAUCAAGAAGGCUCACGCUAUGGGUUUCAUGUCGGUGACGCACAAACAUCCACAGUUGAUGAGAGAUCCAAACAUCUGCAGCAUCAAACAGCCGGAUUAGCCCCGUCUCCCCCCUUCGCUCAUUGGCUAUUAAAACGUCUGACUGCUGA